UGGAUCGUAAAUGGUCUGGGUCGAGUGGAGGGUCGACGAAGGCUUUUCUCUCUGACUCUUUCGUCUGUUCUCUAUUCCGCCAGUUUCCAUUGAAGCUGUUGGGGACAUUAGGGUUAGCUAUUUUUUUCCCAGUUCCACCAUUAUAGCAGGAUUGAACACCACUGUUUCUCGCAAUUGAGGCUCUAUUUUCAUCGCUUUGCUCACCAAUCUUCUCACAUCGCCAUUCCUGACCAGUCGUCACCAUAGACGAAGUUGAUACCUCAGGCUCAGUUCACAGGGUAGAGGGAAAUGUCGAGGUUUCUUGUUGAUGGGAAAGUAGUGGAAGCAGUCGACUUGCUGAAGAAGAGACGCUGGUCAUGGCGAUUGGACGUCUGGCCGUUUGCCAUCCUUUAUGCUAUUUGGCUUAUUACCAUUGUGCCUAGCAUAGACUUGGUUGACGCUCUGAUAGUUUUUGGUGGUCUGGUUGCUCUUCACGUUCUGGUUCUGCUUUUCACGGCUUGGUCAGUGGACUUCAAGUGUUUUGUCCAGUACAGCAAGGUUAGAGAUAUUCAUUGUGCAGAUGCAUGCAAAGUAAUUCCUGCAAGAUUUUCUGGUUCUAAGGAAGUUGUUCCACUUCAUUUUCGUGGAUCUCUUGUAGCACCAGUACCAUCUCUGGUGGAUGCAGAAGAAAUAUAUUUUGAUUUCAGAAAGCAACGGUUCAUCUUUUCAAAUGAGGAGAAGACUUUUUGCAAGCUCCCUUACCCUACAAAAGAAACAUUUGGAUACUAUCUCAGAAAUACAGGCCAUGGUUCAGAAGCUAAAGUUGUUGCUGCCACCAAGAAGUGGGGCCGGAAUGCAUUUGAAUACCCACAACCCACAUUCCAGAAGUUGAUGAAAGAGCAUUGCAUGGAGCCAUUUUUCGUUUUCCAGGUUUUCUGUGUUGGUCUCUGGUGCUUGGAUGAGUAUUGGUACUAUAGUCUCUUCACCCUUGUCAUGCUAUUUGUGUUUGAGUCAACGAUGGCUAAAAGUCGGUUGAAAACACUAACUGAGCUUAGACGUGUAAGAGUGGACAGCCAGACACUAAUGGUACAUCGUUGUGGGAGGUGGAUGGAAAUCCCUGGGACGGAUCUUCUUCCUGGGGAUGUUGUCUCCAUUGGCCGGUCCUCUGGUCCAAAUGGAGAAGAUAAGUCUGUUCCAGCAGACAUGCUUAUAUUGGCCGGAAGUGCAAUUGCUAAUGAAGCUAUUCUCACAGGCGAGUCUACUCCUCAGUGGAAGGUUUCAGUUGCAGGUAGAGGAAUUGAUGAGGAAUUAUCCAUUAAGAGGGAUAAAGGCCAUGUUUUGUUUGGUGGAACAAAGAUAUUGCAGCAUACUCCAGAUAAGUCUUUUCAUUUGAAAACACCUAAUGGUGGAUGCUUGGCUGUUGUCUUACGAACUGGGUUUGAAACAAGUCAAGGAAAACUGAUGAGGACGAUUUUAUUUUCCACUGAGAGGGUUACUGCCAACAGCUGGGAAAGUGGGUUGUUCAUUUUAUUCUUGGUUGUGUUUGCUAUCAUUGCUGCUGGUUAUGUACUUAAGAAGGGAUUAGAAGAUCCAACGAGGAGCAAAUACAAGCUUUUCUUGAGUUGUUCUCUGAUUAUUACUUCAGUGAUCCCCCCAGAGCUGCCAAUGGAGCUAUCAAUAGCUGUUAAUACAUCCCUAAUUGCAUUAGCACGACGUGGGAUAUUCUGCACAGAACCAUUUCGAAUUCCCUUUGCUGGGAAGGUUGACAUUUGCUGUUUUGACAAGACAGGAACUCUUACUUCAGAUGACAUGGAGUUCCGUGGAGUGGUAGGCUUAUCUGACAGUCUGGAUUUACAGUCAGAUAUGGCUAAAGUGCCUAUUCACACAUUAGAAAUUCUUGCUUCUUGUCAUGCUUUGGUGUUUGUGGACAACAAGCUGGUUGGCGAUCCUCUUGAAAAGGCUGCACUUAAAGCUAUAGAUUGGAUUUAUACUUCUGAUGAGAAGUUGAUGCCUAAGAGGGGAGGUGGCCAUGCUGUGCAGAUUGUACAUAGAUAUCAUUUUGCAUCUCACUUAAAGAGAAUGGCGGUGGUUGUUCGUGUUCAGGAGGAAUUUUUUGCUUUUGUGAAGGGUGCACCAGAAACCAUUCAGGAUCGGCUGAUUGAUUUGCCUUUCACGUAUGUCCAGACAUACAAGAAAUAUACACGUCAAGGGUCUCGAGUUUUGGCCCUUGCAUACAAGCGUCUUGCUGAAAUGACGGUUUCUGAAGCUAGAAGCUUGGAUAGAGACUUAGUGGAGAGUGGCCUUACUUUUGCUGGCUUUGCGGUUUUUAAUUGUCCUAUUCGCAGAGAUUCAGCUUCUAUUUUAUCUGAGCUAAAAGGAUCUUCGCAUGACUUGGUAAUGAUUACUGGUGAUCAAGCUUUAACAGCUUGCCAUGUUGCUGGUCAAGUUCAUAUUAUUUCAAAGCCUGCAUUGAUUCUAAUUCCAGCAAGAUGUGGUGAAGGUUUCGAAUGGAUUUCACCAGAUGAAAUUGAGAGCAUUAGUUAUGGUCAGGAAGAAGUGAAUACUUUGUCUGAGUCCUAUGAUCUAUGUAUUGGAGGAGACUGCUUUGAAAUGUUACAGAAGACUUCUGCCGUUCUUAAAGUCUUUCCUUAUAUAAAGGUUUUUGCGAGGGUUGCUCCCGAUCAGAAGGAACUUAUUAUGACCACCUUUAAGACAGUGGGAAGGACAACACUGAUGUGUGGAGAUGGAACAAAUGAUGUCGGUGCUCUGAAGCAGGCCCAUGUAGGAGUUGCUUUGCUGAAUGCAGUUCUGCCGGCUCAACCUGGAGACUCCGAUUCCUCACAAACAUCCAAAUCACAAGCAAAGUCAGUCAAGCCCAAGAAAUUGAAGCCAGGUAAUUCACAAAACUCAGGUGGUGCCCUUAGUAUGAAUGAAGAUGGAAGGUUGGUCAACCGAUUAGAAUCAAAUGGUUCCUUGGGAAAUAAGCGCCAUCUGACAGCUGCAGAAAGACAUCAGCAGAGACUAAAGAAGUUGAUGGAUGAGAUGAAUGAGGAGGGUGAUGGUCGUGCUGCACCCAUUGUCAAGCUUGGUGAUGCAUCUAUGGCAUCGCCCUUCACUGCAAAACAUGCAUCUGUUUCCCCAACGUUGGACAUAAUUCGGCAGGGCAGGAGCACCCUGGUAACCACUCUGCAGAUGUUCAAGAUUCUUGGCCUUAACUGCCUUGCAACAGCUUAUGUCCUUAGUGUUAUGUAUCUCGAUGGUGUCAAGCUUGGUGAUGUCCAAGCGACAAUAAGUGGCAUCUUCACUGCUGCUUUUUUCCUCUUUAUUUCCCAUGCCCGACCCCUCACAACCCUGUCUUCUGCAAGGCCCCAUCCAAACAUCUUUUGUGCAUAUGUCUUUCUCUCUCUCCUGGGACAGUUUGCAAUCCACCUCCUUUUCUUGAUAUCUUCUGUCAAUGAGGCUGGCAAGUACAUGCCAGAGGAAUGUAUUGAGCCAGACUCCGAUUUCCACCCUAACUUGGUCAAUACUGUGUCAUACAUGGUGAACAUGAUGAUCCAGGUGGCUACCUUCGCUGUAAACUACAUGGGCCAUCCAUUCAACCAAAGCAUUAGAGAGAAUAAGCCAUUCUUGUACGCCCUUUUAGCUGCUGUCGGGUUUUUCACAAUCAUUACAUCGGAUCUAUUCAGGGACUUGAAUGACUGGCUGAAGCUGGUACCGUUGCCAGUGGCACUAAGAGGAAAGCUUAUGGUUUGGGCUUUUCUUAUGUUCUCAAGCUGUUAUAUAUGGGAGAGAUUCUUGAGGUGGGCUUUCCCUGGACGAAUGCCAACCUGGAGAAGGCGGCAACAGGCAAUAGCCAGCCAACGGAAGAAUCUGUGAUUUAAAAAUCAAGAGUAGUCCGCUAUCAGAAACGAUGAUGAAGGUACAUGAUGACAGCUGUUGUUAGUGGCAGCUGCAGUUUUGGUUUGCCAACGAUAAUCAAGUUGAUAGCUGAAGUUCAGGGCCGUCUUUUUAUUAUCAAUAUUUUUUUUCUUUUUUCUGGUAAGAAAUCUAUUGCAUUGUUUUUUUGUUGAGUCUCAGAGGUUGUUCAAGUAAUUGUGACCGAGCAUAGAACUGUACAUUCAGGGGGCAUCAAGUACUGCUAACAGUAAAAGUGUCUACCUAUUAAUGGGUGCCUGUUCAAGAUUUCAGGUUUGGUCUUUCAGGCUUUUCUACCUUUUUAAGUCCA